ACAUGCUUUUUGAGGGCUUGGAGCUGGUGUCGGCGCUGGCCACCCUCGCCGCGUGCCUGGUGUCGGUGACGCUGCUGCUGGCCGUGUCGCAGCAGCUGUGGCAGCUGCGCUGGGCUGCUACCCGUGACAAGAGCUGCAAGCUGCCCAUCCCCAAGGGCUCCAUGGGCUUCCCGCUCAUCGGAGAGACCGGCCACUGGCUGCUGCAGGGCUCUGGCUUCCAGUCCUCGCGGAGGGAGAAGUAUGGCAACGUGUUCAAGACGCACUUGCUGGGGCGGCCCCUGAUCCGCGUGACGGGAGCGGAGAACGUGCGCAAGAUCCUCAUGGGGGAGCACCACCUCGUGAGCACCGAGUGGCCGCGCAGCACGCGCAUGCUGUUGGGCCCCAACACGGUGGCCAACUCCAUUGGCGACAUCCACCGCAACAAGCGCAAGGUUUUCUCCAAGAUCUUCAGCCACGAGGCCCUGGAGAGUUACCUUCCCAAGAUCCAACUGGUGAUCCAGGACACACUGCGGGCCUGGGGCAGCCACCCCGAGCCCAUCAAUGUGUACCAGGAAGCGCAGAAACUCACCUUCCGCAUGGCCAUCCGCGUGCUGCUGGGCUUCAGCAUCCCCGAGGAAGACCUGGGCCACCUCUUCGAGGUCUAUCAGCAGUUCGUGGAGAACGUCUUCUCCCUGCCUGUGGACCUGCCCUUCAGCGGCUACCGUCGGGGGAUCCAGGCCCGGCAGAUCCUGCAGAAGGGCCUGGAAAAGGCGAUCCGUGAGAAGCUGCAGUGUUCCCAGGGCAAGGAUUACUCGGACGCCUUGGACAUCCUCAUCGAGAGCAGCAAGGAGCACGGGAAGGAGAUGACCAUGCAGGAGCUCAAGGACGGGACCCUGGAGUUGAUCUUCGCCGCCUACGCCACCACGGCCAGCGCCAGCACCUCCCUCAUCAUGCAGCUGCUGAAGCAUCCCGCCGUGCUGGAGAAGCUGCGGGAGGAGCUGCGGGCCAAGGGCAUCCUGCGCAGCGGCGGCUGCCCCUGUGAGGGCACCCUGCGCCUGGACACGCUCAGCGGCCUGCACUACCUGGACUGCGUCAUCAAGGAAGUGAUGCGGCUCUUCACGCCCAUCUCUGGCGGCUACCGCACCGUGCUGCAGACCUUCGAGCUCGACGGUUUCCAGAUCCCCAAAGGCUGGAGCGUCAUGUACAGCAUCCGGGACACCCAUGACACUGCGCCCGUCUUCAAAGACGUGAACGUGUUCGACCCCGACCGCUUCGGACAGGCUCGCAGCGAGGACAAGGAUGGCCGUUUCCACUACCUGCCGUUCGGCGGCGGCGUCCGGACCUGCCUGGGCAAGCACCUGGCCAAGCUCUUCCUGAAGGUGCUGGCGGUGGAGCUGGCCAGCACCAGCCGCUUCGAACUGGCCACGCGGACCUUCCCCCGCAUCACCCUGGUCCCCGUGGUGCACCCCGUGGGCGGCCUCAGCGUCAAGUUCUUUGGCCUGGACUCCAACCAGAACAAGAUCCUGCCAGAGACGGAGGCCAUGCUGAGCGCCACUGUCUAAACUGCCCAGCCAGGCUGGGGGGUGGGAGCGGAUGGAAGGGCAGAAACCUGUGUGUGGGAGGGGGCUGGAGCGGGGGAAGGGGGAACAGCCCCACCCCAGCUCGACCCUCCCAUUUCCCCCCCUCCCUGAUGAACCCUACCCAAAGCCAAAAGGGCCACUUCCUUCCAGGAAAUAGGGGCCCAACUCCUGGCCCCUGCUUCUCUCCAGUUUCUUCUUGCUCCCUUGCCCCCCCCAUCCCCCCCACAACUUAGCCCCUGGGACCGGGCCUGGCCAGGGGCUCUGCAUGCCAAUUUCAGUGUUACAUGUCCGUGGCCCGUCCCGUGCUGCAGCCUUUGCUUGUGAUGUCCCAGACUGGUCCCCCUGUGUUCAUUCCUCUUGGAUCCUUCUAGUGUGAGGUCACAUGGUCGACUUGGGGGAGGGAGGAAAGAAGAUGCCCCUUAUGGUGUUCUUUUCAGUACCCCUGUCCCCCCUGCCUCCACUCAGAUGGCGGUGGGCACCCCUCCCUGGGUCCUUCAGCGGGGAGGGGUCCACCCUUUGCCAGUUUGGACCUUUGAAAUGAUCUGUUGCUGCUACUUUUUCUCUCCUCUGACCUUGGGGCAAAGGAGCCCCAGGCCCCAUCUUCCCAGCAUCCUCCCAGUGGCCCUGGGCAUGCGCACUGACACCCCCCCUGCCAGCCAGGUGGCCUUGAGCCCACCCUGUUACAUACCCAAGGCCCUGGCUCAUAGACUGCCCCCUGCACCCCUCUCCCAUAUUUAUUCACUGAUAAAACCCAACCUUGGCAUUGCUAUGGACUGCGGCAAGUGUCUGUGUCCCCACCCAUCAUUGGUCGGGGUGGAGGGAUUUCCACCAGCGCCUCUGUUCCCUGAUCUAGAAUUGAGCAGCUCCCCCAGGCUCCAGACCUCCUGUAGGUUCAGCCACGGAGCUUAGCCUCCCUGCCCUCCUUUCCCACCCCAACACCUCUGCCACCCGUGGUCUGGAUGGGGACUGGACACAGCCCUAUGCCUUCCUCCCUGCUCUGUCAAAAACCCCCAGGUGCCACAAAAGUGAGGAAGCUCCCACAGUCUCCUGCCUGGCCACAGUUCAGCCCAGGCUCCCCCCGUGCAGGAAAGGAAGCAGGAGGCAGGAUACGGGUUCUUCCUUCUCACGAGCCUCUGUCAUCCCUUCCUUAACCCUCACGUUUUGUCCUUAGAGCCUUGGAAAGGCAUCUUCGGUGUCCCUUCUCACCUCUCUGCCACUGUGGAGCCCAGCUCAGGGGUGUGGGAACAAGAUGAAAGCAAGGGGAGGUGAGCGCAGGAGGCGACUCCCCUCAAGCUGCCUCAGAGCCUCAGGUCUGAGGCCGCUGUAGGGGAGGCUGGGAGAACGGAGGAGGAAGAGGAGGAAGAGGAGGAGGAGGAGACAGAAGAGGAGGAAGAGGAAGAGGAAAGAAUGGAUUUGUCAGAAGGGAUUUGGGGGGUGUGUGUGUGGGGUGACUGGGGGGGCAAGAGAAGAAACUCCUGCCACUAGCAUUUUAAGUCAGCAAUUUGGGGUAUCUUCUGGGGGUGGUUUGGAGGCCCUUGGUGAGUCUCUCAGCCAUUUUGUCUGUUGCUUAGGUUUUUCUGCUGCUUUCUGUUUCUCUUUUGGGUUUUGAUGAUAUGGAGAUGGCUCCCUGGAAUAGGGACAGUAGUUUAGCAGUCAAGUUUGUGCCUCGAAAAGGUGAGGCUCUGGGUUUGGUCCCUGACACCAUAGAACACAGAUACUCAGUGAGUUCUCUUUGCCAGAGAAUCAAGAAGAGUGCAGGACGUCCACCCAUGACUGCCUCACCGUUUGGCAACCCCUGUGAGCAGGAGGCUGGCUGGACCCCACUCUUGCUCCCAUACACACCCACCUUCACUGGUGUGGUGUGGACAUGACAGAUCAAUCUAGAAUCCCCCAUUCAGGGGGGAUUCACGUGGUCCCUCCAUUUUUCACUGUUACAACGCAGUGCUGCUGGCAGACUUUAUUGGCAAAAGCAGGCCUUAAAGAAAAAAAAUGUAGUAAGAUCUGUCCCUCCCUCUUCUUUGCCCUCCUUUCUGAAAAACAGGCAAGGCGGUGUGAAGAUUCACCAAAGGUCCCAGAGACCCCAGAAUUUAAGGGUCCAGAGUUUGGAGGGGUCCUUCUCCUUCAAGCUGACCCUGGCAUGCCCUGCACCAGUGAUUCCUAGCUGACCAUUUUAUAGAUGCUGCAGGAAGUGCCCCUUCAGACAGGAAGCACCACUCCCCAGCCAGGUCUGGCUCUGGUGAGCAGCGACCCUGAAGGCUUUGGAAGGCCUUCAGAGACCUUCCCUUGGGGUGACCAACCUGGGAGGGGACAGAGAAGGCUAAAAUGGUGGGAUGGGGGGGUUAGGGCGAGUAGGGGGUGUUUGUUCCUGCAAAGGAGAAAGGAAGUAGCAUUUGCCUUGCUGGGUCUCAAAGGCAACAAGAAGAGAACUGAAGAACGCUCUUGAUGGCUCUCAAGGGUUCCAAUGGGGAAACGGGCUGUGUCUUUAGUCUCGGUCCUUCCGUGUGCCCGUGUCUGUGUGUAGGUUUUAUAGAAAUAGUUUUAGCUGGGUGACACUUUCUCACACAUCAUUCCUAACUAUUGUCACUUGACAUUAAAACAAAACAAACAAAACCAACCCUUGCCCCCUUCCCUGCAAAACUCUUCCUGCCAUGGGCUUGCAGAUUGAAGCACUUUCGAUGUUGGGCGCUGGUGAUUGUGUUCCGGGCGCCAUCCCGACCCUGCCCGGAUCGCUCUAAUAUUAUUUUAUACACAAACUUUUUUUUUCAAUAAAUGUUAUAAUUUUGUGUGUCUGUCUUUAUAAACUAUUAUAAGUACUAUUUUUGUUAUAAUUCAAAAUAGAUAUUUAGUAUAAAGUUUUUGCUGUUAAAUAUUUGUUAUUUAGUAAAAUAUGAAUUUUUCUCUAUUGUAAACAUGGUUCAAAAUAUUAAUAUGUUUUUAUCACAGUUGUUUUAAUAUUGAGAAAGCACUUAUGUGUUUGGUUUUGAUAUGAAAACUGGUGCCGUGUGAGUGUUUUUGCUGUCAUGUGGUUUUAAUCUGUAUAUAAUAUUCCAUGUUGCAUAUUAAAAAAUGAAUGUUGUGCAUUUUGUGAUUAUGGAAAUACUCGAUGUGGCUCUUUUAUAGACUUCCAUAAUAAACCGUGGGGACUCAC